ACAAGCAUUUACCUCUAAUAUCUUUGAUGUUACAUAAUAGUUAUGGCGCGAAAUUAUGUUUAGAGAUGAGUUAAUUAACCAGGAAAGAAGGCUCUGUUUGUGAAAACAAGAUUAAAAGGGAGUUUGGGAAUAUUCUAAUUACAAAAUAAAAGGAAAUAUAUCAAAGUUUAGAGAGAACAAAAUUUGGAAUCAAAUUUUCAAAUUGAUAAUGGGUUCUCUAAGAAUUCUUUUUGCCACUUUAGUUUCAAAUUAUUAAAAUUAUGUGAUUAGGUUUCUCCUAUCAUACUCAUUAACUAUUGUUUUUUUUUUCUUCUAAAAGCUUUUACUUCCUCGUUUCCGGGUGAAUCAACAAAAAAGGCGGCAUUCAAAGCUUCUGGCGGGAGCAGGCUGUUGGCCUGGCUAAAUUUGGCUUGUUCACACCAAAUUCUAUAUAUUUUUUUUUCAUCAAACUUUGAGAUUAAACGUCGCUUUGGGACAAAAGCAACCAAGAAAAGGUUACUUAUCGCAAUUUCCUUUUCACCUUUCGCCAUUAGCCCCGCGCGCUAAAAUAGCAUUAGCCGCCGCUAACGUUAGCCGCCGACUUCAGCAAACGCCACGAAAAUGUCGGCUGGCAAACGACUAAAGAAGAAGAAACUCUCCGAAGAAGCUUUGAGUAAAGUCUUUGACUUUUCACCAGUCGCCAAGAAGAAAGCGCUCAACUACGGCUCAGAAGACGACCCUGGAGAAGCAUCGGAGGAGAAAACUCCCAUAGCUCCGUUGAAGAAAAGACCAAUUUGCAACUUGAAAGAUGAAGACAGUGCAGUCGCUGUUGGGAGUGAAGUUCACAACAUGUUGGAGCGCUUUGGAGCUGACAUCAACAAGGUGAUGCUCAACAAGCGCAAGCGUCUGGAAAGUCUGACCAAGACUUACAUGAACGGAGGUCAGCUGAAAAUGGAGCAACUGUGGAACGACUACCACAAGCAGAGGCAGAAGAUGACUCAGGAAUGUUCUCAGCAGUUGUCGUCAGUCCUGCAGCAGUGGCAGCUUGAGGUUCAGCAAGUGGAGGAGCAGGAGGAAAAGCUCAAUAAUCUGAUGCGCCAGCAGCAGAAGGUGAUCCAGCAGAGCAAAGUUCUUCAGAAGCAGAAAGUGGAGACCUUGCAAGAGCUCUUCAAGCACUUUGUCAAGAACAUGGAGGACAUGGAGAAGAGCCAAGAGGACAUCCUUCAUCGGGCGCAGCAGGAGCUGAGGAAGGAGAUGGCCACCAUGCAGAAGAAGAUCCUCAUGGACACUGUGAGUCAAGUCGCGUCGAGUUCACGCGCUGACAUGAAAUCAUCUUUGCGCUUUGUCCUUUGGCAGCAACAACAGGAAAUGGCGUCCGUGCGCAAGUCCCUGCAAAGCAUGCUCUUCUAAACUCCUCUCAGCUCAUCUUGCUGACCGUACCGACGUCAACUUUUCUUCUUCUCGAGCAUGCGUGUUCAUCUUCUGUUCAGUGUUGGAAAAGAAGCACUUCGGGGUGGUUUUCUGUCCGCUCUAGUCACCUCCAUGUGUCACCGUUUUGUUCCCAGUGUUCGGACACAAUUUGAAUGUUUAAUUCUAUUUGGGGGAAUAAAAACAAUUAAAAUCUCAA